AUGAAAAAUCAGAAGGUAUGGGAAGAUGUUGUCAUGAAGAUUGUGGCAGGCAAGCCUGUUGCAAAAGUCUUGUCAAGAGUCACAAGGCGGAUUAGUGAAAACGAAAACCUGCAGAAUGCAGGGGAUGACACGGCAGAUGUAGACAAUCAGCCCCAUGAUCAUGAUUUCGAACGUGACACAGUAGACAAGGGCCCUGGAGGGGAACAACGAGCGAGUUCUGGGCCAUCCGGCGAUGACGCUCGCAUGGACGUGCAUGAUGUCCCACAUCAUUCUAUGCCCUCUCCCGACGUAGUACAGCCAGAUAUCUCCGCUGGGGACCGGUCAAACGCAAUGGAAGUUAUCACAAAUCCUCUUGCAGACAGAGAGCACCAGACAGAUGUUGUAGAACCUGCCGCUGGGCCGAACAACGACUCUCCCGACCAAGAUAUGGAUACGUAUCAGCCGCCGCCCCCCCGUUGCACCGCCUCCAUAUUCGGCAAACCCAUCCCCCAAUUCCUCCCCCAACAACAGAAGUGCCUCAGGUAUCAAGCCACGCUGAGACGAUACUACCCGGCUGAUUGUGCAGCAGUCAUUAAAGACUAUGUGCAAGGCAUGGCGGACGAUGAUCUGACACAGGAAGGAUGCUUGCAUGGACAUUUUAUUCGCUUCUGCGACUCAUUGGAGGCAUCGAAGGCAAGGAAAGAGGCAGGAGAAAUGAUACAACAGCUCCUGUGA